AUGGCAUCUGAUACUCUUUCAACAACAGAUAUCAAUGAUAAUAGUGCUAACAAAGAUGUUGAACAAGACAUCACAUCUACCACCAACAAUGAUAACGUGAAUAUACCGGCUAGACCAAAUGAUUAUGAGGCAUUGUUUAAAAAGCUCGACAUUGAAGAAACUGGUGAAAUUACAUUUUUAAAUUUCAAACGAGCUUUGAAGAAAUUUAAUCAUCCAAUAAACGAAAGCCCCGAAUUGUUAUUAAAAGUUUUCAACUCAUUCGACGCCAAUCACGAUAAGAAGAUUGAUUUCAAAGAUUUCAAAGAAUACUUGAAAACCACAGAUGAUCAAAUUUUAAAGGGAUUCAAUCAACUUGAUCAAGAUAACGAUGGGAGACUAAACAAGUCUGAUUUUAUUCGUUAUUUAAAAGAGAGUUUACAUUUGAAACCAAGUGUUGCCAAUAUUGAUUUGUUAUUUAAACAGCUCGAUUCUAACGAAGAUGGUUAUAUUAAUUAUGAUGAAUUCAGGGAAUUUCUCUUAUUAGUACCUCGUUUACAAGGAUCAAGAAUCAAAACAGCAUUUACAUUUCUAUUUGAAGAAUAUGAUAUCAAUUCCGAUGGGGAUGUGACCUUGAUCAAUCAGUUUUUAGAUGGAUUCAAAUUUUUUUUGGCCGGAGGAUUGGCCGGUGUGGUAUCAAGAACUUGCACGGCGCCUUUUGAUCGAAUCAAAGUAUUUUUGAUUGCUCGUACUGAUUUAUCAUCAACAAUUUUACAUUCCAAACAAGAAAUUGCUCGUCAAAUAGCGCUGGGGGCAGAAACCCAUGUUAUUGAAGCAUUGAGAAAGAAAUUGGCACAUGCAGAAAUGGAACAGGCAGCAGAACUACUAGCAGAAGAAGCCAAAACCACCAGGGCUGCUGCUGCAAGAACAGCAGCAUCUGGUAUAACAACUGCAACAGCUCAAAAUGCAAAGACAAUCAGAUCACCCAUAGUUCAAGCAGUAAGAACACUUUGGAAACAAGGAGGAAUUAAAGCUUUUUACGUUGGUAACGGAUUAAAUGUAAUGAAAGUGUUUCCUGAAUCAGCAAUGAAAUUUGGUUCUUUUGAAGCUGCCAAGCGAUUUUUUGCUCGAAUUGAAGGGGUUAAUGACACCACCAAAAUCUCCAAAAUAUCGACAUAUUUGGCUGGAGGGUUUGGUGGGGUGGUUGCUCAAUUAACAGUUUAUCCCAUUGACACUUUAAAGUUCAGAUUACAAUGUUCCAACCUAGAUCAUCCUUUAAAUGCCAUUCUGACAGCCAAAGAAAUGUUGAAAGACGGUGGGGUCAAAAUAUUUUAUCGAGGUAUUGGUGUUGGUCUUGCUGGGAUGUUUCCUUAUGCGGCAUUGGAUCUUGGGACCUUUUCCACUAUCAAAAAAUUAUUAGUGAAAAGAUAUGGCAAUAAAGACGAUCAACUGCUACCCACAUUUUUAACUUUGAGUCUUGGUGCAUUUUCAGGGUCAUUUGCUGCCACCAUUGUUUACCCAGUGAACUUAUUGCGAACGAGACUUCAGUCGCAGGGAACUUAUGCCCAUCCAUUUAGAUACGAGGGGUUUUACGACGUUUUCUCCAAAACAAUUGCUCGCGAAGGUUAUUCUGGGUUAUGGAAAGGAUUGGUCCCGAACUUAGCUAAGGUUGCCCCAGCCGUGUCAAUUAGUUAUUUUGUUUAUGAAUCAUUGAUCAGACGCUUUUAA